GCAGGACAGCAGAGGGUGGAGGCAGACCAAAGCACAGACCUCUCAUGGGUCAGAGCUUACAGUCUGGGGGCAACAUAAACUCAAAUGCCAGCAGCCCCAGCAGGCAGGGGCCUGUGGGGGCCUGGAGACUCCAUACCCCACCUAAGGGGCAGCUGGGCGCCCAGUGCAGUCGCCAGCCCUGUCCAGGGAAGAGCAGAGAAAUGAGACAAAAUGAACUAGAACCCAAGUGCUGGCUUUCUUACUUCCAGCCCUAUGACCCAGGGUACGUUACAUCCCCGAGUCUCUCGGGGCCUCAGUUUCCCCAUCCGUCAAUGGAAUUGUCAUGGGAUGAAACCAAAGGUUGCAAAAUGGCAGCCCACGGGCCAACAAGGACUCACAGACUGCUUUAUCUGGCCCACAUGGUGAUUUUCAGCAUUUGUAUUAGCUGCCAGCAUUUGAAACUCAGUAAUUCCCAUACAGAUCCUUAUUCCCCUCUUCUCCAGAUCUGGUGACCAUAGGCCUGCAUUUCCCUUGCAGCAAUCAGUGGGGGUUGCAUCAAGGCUGCCCCGUAAGAGAGGUCAUGUGAGAUCUGGUGUGUGUGGAGCCCUUCUCAAAUCUAUAGGGAGACCCUGGAGGCACGGCCCACAGGCCCCUGGAUAACAGAGCAGCCCCUUGAGGGCCCCCUAUACUGGGGAUUGGUUGAGAGCCUGAGAGAUCCAGUUCUGCUACUGUGAACCUGAGCAAGUCAGCUAGCUCACCUCCCUCCUGGAGCCUUGGUUUCCUUCUUGGUCAAUGGGGCCUGCCUUACAGAGUCGCUGGGGAGUGGGAGAGGUGAUAGCAGGUCUGGGAGCACUCAGUGGGGCAGUGGUGAUGCCAGGAGCUCUGAUCAUGCCGGCACCUGGGGACAGCACAGGCUUAUUCUGGAUCUGGGUUGAAAGGGCCUUGAGCCAAUUCCCAAGCCACUGAAGGGGGCCUGAGGUCCAGAGAGGCCUCGAGAACACCCCCUGGGUCAACGUGGUCUCCAGCCUCCUGGGAGCAGUGGUGUCCUCCCAAUGGAACGCCCUGCCCAGGGCCCGUGGUCUUGCCCCUGCAGAAGUUCGUGAGCACAACCAUCCGGCCCACACUGAUGCCCUACCCUGAGCUCUACAACUGGGACAGCUGCGCCCAGUUUGUCUCAGACUCCCUCUCCAUGGUGCCUCUGCCUGACCCCCUCAAGCCGCCCUGCUACCUGUACUCCUCGACCACGGUGCUCAAGUGCCAGAAAGGGAACUGCUUCGACUUCAGCACACUGCUCUGCUCCAUGCUCAUUGGCGCUGGCUACGACGCCUAUUGCGUCAACGGCUAUGGCUCCCUGGACCUGUGCCACAUGGAUCUGACUCGGGAGGUGUGCCCGCUCACCACGAAGCCCAAGGAGAAGGUCCGGGAGGAGAAAAAGUCACCACCCAAGAAGUACACCGUCAAACCCCCCAGGGACCUGAGCAGCAGGUUUGAGCAGGAGCAGGAGAAGAAGCAGCAGGAAGAGAUCAAAGCCGAGGAGGAAAGGCGGCUGAGGGAGGAGGAGGAGCACCUCCCGGAGAUGGAGAAUGCAAAGGCCGACCCCCUGCAUGGCCUGCGGGUGCACUCCUGGGUCCUGGUGUUGUCAGGAAAGCGUGAGGUGCCUGAGAGCUUUUUCAUUGACUCUUUCACGGCGCGCAGCUACAGCACCCAGAAUGACCACUUCCUGGGCAUUGAGAGUCUCUGGAACCACAAGAACUACUGGGUCAACAUGCAGGACUGUUGGAACUGCUGCAAGGACCUGAUCUUUGACCUGGGAGACCCUGUGAGGUGGGAGUACCUGCUCUUGGGGACGGAUAAGUCUCACCUGUCCAUGACUAAGGAAGACGAUGAGGGGAUGAAUGAUGACGAUGAUGUAGAAAACCUGCAGGACAAGGAGGAUGAGGAUAAGAGCUUUGACAUGCCACAGUCGUGGGUGGAGCAGAUUGAGAUCUCUCCAGAGGCGUUCGAGACCCGCUGCCCAAACGGUAAGAAGGUGAUACAGUACAAGAGGGCGAAGCUGGAGAAGUGGGCCCCAUACCUCAACAGGAAUGGCCUCAUGUGCCGCCUCACCACCUAUGAGGACUUGGAGUGUACCAAGGUUUUGGAGAUAAAGGAGUGGUACGAGAACCGGGAGGACAUGCUGCAGCUGAAGCACAUAAACAAGAGCACAGGCCUGAAUACUGACUACUUCAAGCCAGGCCACCCCCAGGCUCUGCGUGUACACUCAUAUACAUCUGUGCAGCCUGAGAUGGACCGGGUCAUGGAGUUUUACGAAACGGCCCGUGUAGAUGGCCUGAUAAAGCGGGAGGAGACACCCAAGACGAUGACCGAGUACUAUCAAGGCAGGCCCGACUUCCUCUCCUACCGCCAUGUCAAUUUCGGGCCCAGGGUCAAAAAGUUGACUGUGAACAGUGCAGAGUCAAUUCCCCGGCCCAAGAGGUUGACUGUGAACAGUGCAGAAUCAAAUCCCCGGCCCAUGGUGAAAAUCACAGAGCGAUUCUUCCACAACCCCGAGAAGCCUGCGGAUGAGGAUGUGGCAGAGCGUGUGUUUCUCAUCCUGGAGGAGUGCAUCCAGCUGCGCUACCACUGCCGUGAGGACCACAUCACAGUCAACACGUGCGAGUUCCUGCCGUGCACCGAGGUGGACAGCAAGGGCAACAAGAUCAUGACGCCCGACAUGUGUGUCAGCUUUGAGGUGGAGCCCUUGGAGCACACCAAGAAGCUUCUCUACCAGUAUGAGGCCAUGAUACAUCUGAAGAACGAGGAGAAGUUGUCCAAACAUCAGGCCCGGGAGUCAGAGCUGGAGGUGCUGGAGAUCCUGAAGCUUCGAGAGGAAGAGGAGGAGGCACACACAUUGACCGUCUCCAUCUAUGACACCAAGCGCAACGAGAAGAGCAAGGAGUAUCGGGAGGCCAUGGAGCGUGUGAUGCACGAGGAGCACUUGCGGCAGGUGGAAGCCCAACUGGACUACCUGGCACCAUUCCUGGCACAGCUCCUGCCAGGAGAGAAGCUGACACGCUGGCAGGCCAUGCGCCUCAAGGACGAGUGCCUCAGUGACUUCAAGCAGCGGCUCAUCGACAAGGCCAACCUCAUCCAGGCCCGUUUUGAAAAGGAGACCCAGGAGCUGCAAAAGCAGCAACAGUGGUACCAGGAGAACCAGAUGACCAUGACAGCUGAGGAUGAAGACUUGUACCUGAGUUACUGCUCUCAGGCCAUGUUUCGCAUCCGCAUCCUGGAGCAGAGGCUCAGUCGACACAAGGAGCUGGCCCCACUGAAGUACCUGGCUCUGGAGGAAAAGCUCUAUAAGGACCCACGCCUUGUGGAACUCAUGAAAGUUUUUGCUUGAUGCCCCUCCUGCGGCCUCAGCCACAGCUGCCUGAGGGAAAACCUCCUGCACAGUCUUGCCCCUGUGCUCCCUUCCCCCAGCUAAUGACCAUCCACUCAGGUGCCUGGCCUCAUUGCCUCACACCUCCUGCAGCCCUGCCUGUUCCUGCUUCUCCUGAUAUUCCUGUAAAUAAACACUUAACAAUUU